UCCACUAUAAAGUGCGAAGCUUGGAGGAGCAAAAAUGGCGUCGUCUUUGGUGCUGAGGUCGUUUACUUCGUCUUGCUCCGUCGCCUUCGGAACCCGUCGCUUCCUACCGCAUCUCUUCGGGGCCGCUACUUGCAGAUUCUUCGCUCGAUCCAUGGCCGCCGACUCCGCCACUGCUUCCGGCCCCUUCCGGAAGGUUCAGAUCCAAAGAGACGACACCACAUUUGAUGCAUAUGUAGCUGGCAAAGAUAAUGCUCCAGGGAUAGUAGUUCUGCAAGAGUGGUGGGGAGUUGAUUUUGAGAUCAAGAACCAUGCUUUACACAUUGCACAAAUGAAUCCAGGUUAUAGAACUCUUAUUCCAGAUUUGUAUCGUGGAAAGCUUGGUCUGGAUGCUGCUGAGGCACAACACUUGAUGGAAGGCUUGGACUGGCAGGGUGCUGUUAAGGACAUACGUGCUUCAGUUAAUUGGCUUAAAUCAACUGGUUCAUCAAAGGUUGGUGUGACUGGAUAUUGCAUGGGAGGCGCCCUGUCUAUUGCAAGUGGAGUUCUGGUUCCUGAAGCUGAUGCUGUAGUAGCCUUUUAUGGAAGUCCUCCACCUCAACUUGCUGAUCCAUCAUUGGCCAAGGCACCUAUUCAAGCUCAUUUCGGGGAGCUGGAUAACAUUGUUGGAUUCUCUGAUAUCAGUGCAGCAAAAGCAUUGGAAGAGAAGCUAAAAUCCUCUGGAGUUCCGUAUGAGGUGUAUAUUUAUCCAGGCUGCGCUCAUGCGUUCAUGAACGCAUCUCCAGAUGGCAUCAAAAGGAGGAAGGAAAUGGGAAUGGCUGACGGCGACCCUGCAGCUGUUGAAUUGGCUUGGUCUCGCUUCAGUUCCUGGAUGGGGCAGUACUUGCUGUCUCCGUAAGUCUCUCCUGCUAUUCCAUCAUCUGAUCUAUCAGGGUGUUUAAUUACGAGGGCUAGUUUUGUGGUACUUGGUGUGAGAUCAUAAUACCCAUACGGGAGACCUUUUUAUGAAAGAGACCCCACAUCCAGUAUGUGGGGCUGUGUGAGACAUAUUUCUUGUGCAGUUUGACAGUCAUGGAUAAUUCUUACAAACAAGUAUGUGUUUGAGUUGUGAGUUGCUACUUCGUUAUGAUCUCAAUAUAUCUUUGACUACCUUAUCAUA